AUGGCAUCUCUUUCGUCGGAAAACGUCGGGGACAAAGAAUACGAAGAUCCGAUAAAAUGCAUAUUUUUCGCCGAAUUUCACCACAUAGCUGGACCCAAAAUUACGUGUCAGGUACCUGAUAAUUACAUAUCCAAAGACAUUUUUGAUAAUGUGAGUGUUUAUGUCAUACCAAAAGCACAAUUACAAAGAAGUACUAUUACAAUUACAUUGAAGGAUUAUAAAAUUUUGGGGUUUCCUGUGAAGAUUGAUGAUAAAAAAUAUGCAAGAAAUGCAUUUUACUUUAAUCUGUGUUUUGUCUGUGAUGCAAAUGCUCGUACUGUUCAUUAUGAACCAGUAGUGAAAAAGAUGUCUGAUUUCCUGAUGGCUUUGGAAAUAGAAAAUUGCUUUCUGUCUGCCUCAGAUGAUAAGACUAGACUGGCAGAAAUGCUCGCACAAGUUAUGCAUGACUUGAAUCUACACAAAAUGUGUACAUUGACUGAAGGAACAAUGACAUCGCACUUGAAAGUAGUGAGAUUGGCGCCUGAGCCAAAACCAGUUCUUGAUCAUCAGGUACCAAUAUUUUUGGAAGAUAAAGAUUUGUUCCAGAGUGAUCAAUGGGAUUUGACCACGCAACAAGUAUUACCGUAUAUUGACGGUUUUAAUCACGUGGCGCGCAUAGCAGCUGAGGCUGAUGUGGAAAAUAAUUUAGUCAAAAGCUGUGUACAAAAUCUUGUAUAUUAUGGAGUUGUAACUCUGAUUCCAAUAUUUCAAUAUAGCAACGUCUAUGCUGUGACUCCGAAAUUAAGAAAAUUUCCAGACGAUGAAAAGUUAAAGGAGAGGUGCAUAGCAUACGCUUCUAAGCUAGCCAGACAACCUGCACAUUUUAGGGAUAUAUACCGUAUGUAUUCAAGUAUGACUUAUGGUGUUAGUAUGAAAGACUUGUGUCAACGUCUUAAUCCACAAAACUUAAGAAUAAAUGAAAGAAAGUUAGUACAAUUUGGUUUGAUUGAGGGACUCAUUAGAAGAGUGUAUAAUUAUCCUGUACUUCUCCCUGGCGCAUCUCACAGUGAAGAAGCGAAAAACAAUCCAAUUUACAAGUAUUUUACAGGCACGUACAGUCUCGACGAAAUAUGCUGUAGCACGAGUCAGUCUGCCGCACAAAUUGAAGAUAUCAUCGAGCGCGAUCCGAAUGUUCUAAUGAUAUGGAAGUGAUGUGUUGUAAAAAAAAACUUUAAAGACUACAAAACUAGAUAAUUGAUUAUAAUUUUGUACAUUAGAGGUGUGCAAAUCAUGGUUAAUUGUAAUUAAUAAUUCUUAAUAAGUAAUUUAAUUGGUGUUUCAGACAAAAAUCUUAAUCAUAUCGGAAGAUAGAUUGUUUUACUUGAAGGUGAAUGUAAAUAAAAACAAAAUUUUAAAUGUUAAAUAAAAUGUUAAGUAAAAUUUACUUAAAACUAAAACACAAAUUAGUAAAUACGAAAAAAGCUAUCGAUUUGAAAUCAAACUACGAUUUGAAAUUGUUGAAUUAUUCGAAUUCGAAUAACUUUGAUUCGAAAACGAACUCGAAUUGAUCGAUUGCACUCUCAUUGAUUCAAUACGAUUUGAUUCAAAUUCGAAUGAUUCACACACCUCUAUUGUACAUAAUAAAAUUGUAUUAAAAUGAAUGGUUUUAUUCAAAUGUUGAAUUCUUUUUAAAUCUUGUAUAUUGCUUCGAAAUUUUAUAUAUACAUAUGUAGGCGUUGAAAUCAAAGAAAUACGCUUUGUUAUCUUGAAAA